AUGUUCCAAUUAUUCAUCAUUUGUGCUUUGUUUUACCAAUUCCCAUUAACCAACCAAGCCAGUCUCACCGAUGGCUGUAUUGAUGGUUCAAAACUAUGUUUCGGUAUACCAGGCGAAUGUGCAUCUUCUGCCACAUUCACUUGUGAUAUGUUGGUUCUCAUUAGUGCUAAACCUGAUUUAAAGGAUGGUUUGGAUGUAGACCUUUAUGCUAGUAAUGUCGUUGACAGAUGGUAUGGUCUUGGUUUCGUUGAAAAGAAAGGGAUGUUUGAUGCGACUGUUGUUUAUUGUGAUACACAUAAUGGUAUAUCCGUAGGUGAAGGUGUUACAGUCAAAUGGGCUCUGUCUCCUCUUCCAGCCAAUACUUUGAUCUCUUCUUCAUCAGGCAAACUUGAAGAUGGCCUGGUUCAUUGUAAAUGGGUUCAAAAGGCAAGUGGAACUGCUGGUUCUACUGGUAUUGAAUACGAUAUAAACAAACCGUAUCACGUACAACUUGGCUAUGGACCUAUGGAAAACGAUGGGAAAAAAGUAGCAAAACACUUAGUUAAAACAAUCACUCCAAAUCCUGUGUAUCUGAAUUCAACUGGAAUCAUUGUCCCAAGUUCCAAAAUUCCUCUUAAAGUCAGAAUUCAUGGUUCAUUCAUGACUGUUGCUUGGUUGUGUUUGGUUAGCAUUGCUAUGAUGAUUGCUCGUUACCAUAAAAAUUCUUGGGGUGAAACAACCAUCGGAAAUGUUAAAGUGUGGUUCGCAUUGCAUCGAGGUCUCAUGAUUUGUGCUCUUAUUUCUGCAGCCGCUGGAAUGAUUAGUAUUUUAGUUCAUGUCAAAGGAUGGAGAGCCGAUACUCCCCACCAAUACCUUGGACUUUUUGCUAACAUUUUAAUGAUCUUACAGCCCAUUGGAGCUCUAUUCCGUCCAUCACCUGAUCAUGAAAAUAGAGUUUACUUCAAUAUUAUACAUUUUCUUGGUGGCAGUAUUGGUCACACUCUGGCUAUCUUGGCUUUAUUUUUCGUUCUCAGUAUUUCUUCUGUCAAUUUAUCAAUGGCCUUUUUAUGGUUGUUAGCUAGUUUCGUGUUGCUACUUGUCGCGACCCAUAUAAUACUUCAGUUUCAUCCACAUCUAUUGGCAACAUUGAACAUCAUUGAAGACAUUCAAAUGGGUGAUCCUCGAAAUAAGUUUGCUGCCCCAUCCCCAUCGGUAGUUGAGACAGUUGAACGAUCUAAAAAACGAGUUUUGACCAUUUACAUUCUUCUAGUCCUCAUCAUAACCAUUUCUGUACUUGUUAUCGUUAACAAAGGCAAACCAAAUUAA